UCAGGCGCAUAUUCUGCAUCAUUGAUCAGUUUUCUCGCGGUUUCUUCUUCGUAUUCUCCAUUCAAUACGAUGGAAGAAUUCGUGGAAGAUGGGAGUUAUCCACUCAUAGUACUGAAAGACAGUCCAGACUAUCACAUGUACAAGACAUCCAAUCAGACGCUCGUCAAGAAGAUGAUGGCACUCAUGAAACCGGUGGAUUUACUACCUAGGAGUUAUCAAGAAGGAUUUAAUGAGAUAUGCACGAAGAGAGUGGCAUUUUAUACUCAUGAAGCAAUAAGAAGAGCAAUGGUCAAUAAAAUACCCUGUGAGAUCACUGCAAUAAAUACUGGAAAAACCGAAACGUUGGGAAUGGCUCUUCCACGAGGGAGUGAGUACAGAGGACUAAUUAAUUAUCACAUCAAUGGUAAAAUUUUGGAAUUCAAAAAAUCUGAUGGAGAUUUUUUUACCGGCGAGAACUUGAAGACACUGUGGCUGGCAUCAGAAGUAGAGGACACCCUGGAUGGAAUAGGCGUAAAAAAAGACCCUCAGCUACUGAUAAUUUGUCAGUUCUCUGUGUUUUUACUCUGGAUUUUUAUGAUAUUUGGAAUAAAUCUCAGUACAGCAAUGUGGGUGGACACCAGAUCUACAAGAUUCGACACCCAUUUUGUGAACACAUGCUGUCUCAUGCAUCCUGUUCAUAUCAACUCGUUGCUGGAGUUGAAUUAUUACAUCCUGAUCAGAUUUGCGUCUCAUCGAUACAAAUCCAUCAAUGAGUUCCUGAAGAAUCUCAUAUUAUCGAAUGCCAAUAAACAAUUGAAGUCUCAAUAUCAGCAUAAACUGAGGAUUCGAACCAUCAGUGUAAAUGUGGAGAGAUCAUUCUCAGAGGAUGACAUAAAAAGAAAAAUACAAGUCUUGAAGCAUGUGCAUUUGGAGCUCAGGAAAUUGACUCAAAGACUCGGAAAAUCUUAUUCUCCGCAGAUAAUAUUUCUCAUGGUCUCAUCUUUUUUUGUGAUAACUUGGAUGCUUUAUUCAAUUUAUUGUAGCGGCUGGUCGGUGGGAAUUCCCCAGAAUAUUCGUCCUUCCUCGCGAAAUAAACACAAAGGCAUUGAAGAAAAUGAGAAAGUAUAA